UCUCCCUCUCUCUUCAUAUAUAUAUAUAUAUGUGGUAGAUUGAAUACAUAUUUAAAUUAAUUUGGCCAUGAUGAAAUGUUCAGAAUUACCUGAACUCUCCUUAGAAGUUACAUGUGCUGUCCCCUCUUGUGGAGACUAAUGUCUCCACAGCCUUGCAGAAGCCUACUUGAGUUAACCUAACUUCGUAGCAGUGCAAAUGAGGAGUAUUUACACUCCAGUUUUGCUGUAAUCACCUUCUGAGUAGCUCUAUUAAAUGUUUUCAUUUUCUUUUGUUACUUGUGCUAUUGUGCCACAUGUAAUAGCAAAUAGAUUGCACAAAAAGUUCUUUUUUUCAAGUAGUCAGAGAGAAAUAUGGUGAAGUUUAUUUCCAAUGAAAUUAUUAAGAGUGACCAUAGUUAGCUUAAUACAUUCCAUCAUUCUUGCAUUUGAGUAUUUCUGUAAUCAGUUUUGGACAUGCUUAGAUCCCCACCUUGCUUUGCUUAAAUGUUUGGCUUUAUGUUCAAAAGGAGGAAGCCUCCUCUUUCUUGGAAGAAGUCCUUUCCUUUUCUAAUGCUAUUCUAUUGAAAAGUUACAGGCAGCCAAAAAAGGUUCAAAUGCCUAUUUCCUUUUUCUCAAUGACAAAGUCUCAGAAGAUUAUUCCAACCAUGCAAACCAACUUAUCAAAUUGCUGAGUCCAAAACCACUCUCCAAUCAAUACCAGCAGCAGGUAUUGUUAAAAGGGAAAAUUUAGGGGUUUCUACUCUCCCUAGUAGUAGUAGUGGAAAAAGCAAUGUGGAGCAUUUAAGGUAAGCCAAGCACAUCUUUCCUUCCCCAGCCACUCAUUUAAACCCCACUUUCUCAAAGAUCUUCCAAAGCAUGGUGUUGCUAACUCUUUCAACAAUGCGUCAUGUUGUAAAUAAUGUUUCCCUUAAAACCCAAAUGAAGCUUAGGAAAAAUCAGAAGAUUAAUUGCUUGCAAUGAACUUUAAUUAAAUAUUCAUCAUUAAUUUGUAUAAUAGAAUACACCCUAACUGUGUGGACUUUUGGCAGCAGUUUUCUCAGUGGGGUGGGUGCUUUGAAUCUGACCCUUUCACCUGCCUCUUCUGGGUACCUGAAGAUAAUUUCUGCCUACUUGGUAUUGGGCUUGACUCUUACUUGGGAUGUCAGGAGCUCUGAGGCACCCAGUUUCUUGAUGAGUGCAUUUUUUUUCAGUUGAAUGUAGGCUUAGAUGGCUAAUUUUAGAAAGGAUCAGAACACCUCUGGAGGCAGCUGUGUUGCUGACUCUCUUGGUCUCUUGAAAAGCAGGUUGAAAUGCUGUACCAUCCUUUCUUCUGGAUGAGCUUGCUCACCCUUAAGCAACUUCAGCCUUUCCUCCUAUUUUUAUUAUAACUGAAUUUUUUCAGAUGUUGGGGUGAAAAAUCCAUCUGAACAAAACCAAAUGUUGUGAUUUACAUCUGCUCUGGCUUUUUUACUUUUUUUUUUUAAAGAAAUACUUAGACCUACUGAUAACAGUUUAAUAACUUUUUUUCUAUAAAAUGUUUGAUUCUAGAAAGCAGACCGUUUUUUCUCCUUCUACUCUGUUUGGGGCUUUUUUUUUUUUUUUAAAUAAAAGGUAAGUAGGCGCGGUCAAGCGGUGUCUGUGGUUUACCAUGCUUCGUAUCAGAGUGAAAAGUUCAGUUUGGGCUGUUUUACUGGCACAGCUGAUGAAGAGAGGUUUGCAUUUUCAUCUUAAUAUAAACGAAUAAGCAGACAUGAUUCUUUCUACCUAUCACACCAUCCAGUCUGUUUUCUGCUGCUGCUGCUGCACAGUGCAAGAAAGAGAAAUGAGAACAAAUGUGAACCUGGACCCGGACACUGUCCUGGUGACCCAGUACUCUGCCUCACAACCAGACGUUUCCUAUGAAUCUAUUUGGAAGUGCCGGCGCAAGAGACAGUUGCAAUUUAAGAACAAGCCGUUACCUCCUCUGCCUGCCGAGGCCUUAGAAGACUACAGCAAGAAUCCCAGAGUUAUUGCACUCUAUGACUUCUUUGCUAGAGGACCUUUGGAUUUACCGCUCAAGAAGUCAGAAGAAUACAUUAUCCUCGAACAGUAUGAUCCCCUCUGGUGGAAGGCAAGAGACCGACAUGGGAAUGAAGGUCUAAUUCCUAGCAACUAUGUUACCGAGAACAGGAAUAGUAAUUUAGAAACGUACAAGUGGUACUGCAGAAACAUAAACAGAAGCCAAGCAGAACUUCUCUUGCGCCAGAAGCCCAAAGAAGGUGCAUUUGUUGUCAGAGAUUCAAGCCGACAAGGUCUUCUUACGCUGUCCAUGUAUUCGCGGGCUAAAGGAAGUCAUAAUGGAGAUAUUCUACAUUAUCAAAUUAAACAAAAUCACUUCGGACAAUAUUAUGUAGCAGAAAACUAUCUCUUUUCAUCUGUUCCUGAACUCAUCAAGUAUCAUCAACACAAUGCUGCAGGUCUUAUUACACGUCUCCGACAUCCAGUCAGAUCAGAUGGAUGUACUUCACCAGAAACAGUAGAAUUGAGUUAUGAGGAAUGGGGAUUAAACCCAUCUGAACUGCUGUUCCUGAAAGAACUUGGGCGUGGGCAGUUUGGAGUUGUUUAUCUCGGUAAAUGGAAAGAAACUAUCAAGGUUGCCAUCAAAACAAUCAAUGAAGGUGCAAUGUCUGAAGAUGAUUUCAUGGAGGAGGCCAAACUGAUGAUGAAACUCUCCCACCCAAAGCUGGUCCAGCUUUAUGGAGUGUGUACACAUCACAAACCUCUCUACGUUGUGACUGAAUUCAUGGAAAAUGGUUGCCUGCUCAAUUACCUUCGGCAAAGGAGGGGGAAACUUGGCAGAGGCAUUCUCCUGAGCAUGUGCCAGGAUGUUUGUGAAGGGAUGGAAUAUCUGGAAAGAAAUAGCUUUAUUCACCGUGAUUUAGCUGCAAGAAACUGUUUAGUCAAUGUGGAGCAUGUCGUUAAAGUAUCCGACUUUGGCAUGGCGAGGUAUGUCAUUGGUGAUGAAUAUAUCAGCUCUUCCGGUGCCAAGUUUCCAGUCAAAUGGUCAUCUCCCGAAGUCUUUCAUUUCAAAAAAUAUAGCAGCAAAUCAGAUGUCUGGUCUUUUGGUGUACUGAUGUGGGAAGUUUUCACAGAAGGCAAAAUGCCUUUUGAAACCAAGUCAAAUGCUGAAGUUGUCCAUGAGAUUUCUCAGGGUAACCGACUUUAUCGACCACAUUUGGCAUCGCAUCAUGUGUACAAAGUCAUGUACAGCUGCUGGCAUGAGAAACCUGAAGGACGUCCUACUUUUGCAGAGUUAAUAGUGACCCUCACAGAUCUAGCAGAGAUGACAUAAUCACAGAUUUUAUACCAAUAUAUUUACUGAAAGGUUAGCAUUAAGCAUGCCACUAAUGUAGCUGGUACAGAAAACAUCAACCUCUUACAGAAGUCUUUACUUAAAUCACAGUACCAGCAUUCUACAUACUGAAGUAGCUGUUUGGUCCCGGCCCAGUUUUUACUUAUUUGAGAAAGAUACUCCAGGAGACUGGUUUGGGACUCUCAAGGCUUUGUUUUCAGGAUUAGGGAGGAAUAUCUUCUGUCUGAAAAGCAGUAACCAAGCCUACUCACCUUAUAGACCUUUUUAUUCAUUCUUUUGUUCAGAGCUACACUAAUUCCUGCAUUGAUAUUAUUAAAUUAUUUGGUACUUACUAUGACUCAUGCACUGGGGAAUACUGAUUAGCAGCAGCAAAAAUGAUGGAAGAACCUCUGAUAAAGCUCUGGCUAGGUCACUUUUAAAGGCAAGUCCUUGUGCACUGCAAAGCAUCCAGCCCUGGAGAACCAGAGCACUGUUUCCAAGGGACAGCAAGCCAAGUGAGUGACUGCUGGAGCAGUGCCCACACAUGUGCCUGUGCCCACUGCUUGGACAAAGGCAGGGAAAGGGAGCAAAGGCAGCAGUCCCCACUUAGCAUUUCCCAAGUCACAUCUGAGUGACUGGAAAGAUUGAGCACCUCUGAAGCCAUUUUAAACCUGCAUUUCAGGUCAAGGUGUCUUCUAUUCCAAUUCAUUAAUAACAGAAAGGGAGCAAGGAUUAUUUUAUUCCAACCUCUCCACAAUUUUCCAGUAUUUUCUCCCAUUCCUCUGCUCUUGCCUACUCAAAUGCCCACACGUGCUUUAGUCCUCCCUUGCAAAUGCCCAGAAUGGUUAAAAGGCGAGUUAAAACUGGAACCUGACAGUAAAGCUCAAAUGGAUCUCAUGAUAUCUUACAUGGACAUGUCUGCAACCCUACUUCUUAUGUCAUUAUCCACUUUUAAUUUUAAAUCUUAACUAUGGUCAAUAUAAAUAUAUUGUAGAGAAGGAAAGGCAGAUGGAAUUCAUAAUUAUUUAAAACAAAAUAGUCGGACCAUUACAAAUAAAUAUGUUCUUGAAAAUAUGUGAUUGCAUUGUGAAUUAUAGAUAAGUACAUCACAAUAUUUAGUUUUAUAGGGAUUUGUAGACAAAAUAUGUAAAACAUGCUAGCUAAUGAAUGACUGAGUUCAGUUUAAUUUUUGUCACGAAUUGAGUCACAAUUUAAUUUUUCAUUUCCAAAUUUAAAAAAUAACUGUAACAAUAAAAUUAAAUACAGAAAAACCCACAAAGUUUUGAAUUUCCAAAAGAUGAUGGCAUAUCUUAGUCAAAUAUAGUCCUGGCAGUAAUCAGUCAUCUUUACUGCUGUAGUAUUUUGAUAGUUACCAUCCCUUGGGAAAGGAAAUUGUUAGUCCCAUUGUUUGAACAUUUGGGACUGCCUUCAAACACACUUCUAUGGCAUUUCUGUAUCAAAUAAAGCUUGAUAUUCUUAUUAUUUCA